GCCUUUUCACCACACCCUUUUGUUUUGAUUGCGAUAAUGUCUGGACAAAGUAUUUAUAAGUUUAAAGGUAGAACUACUCACUCAGCUCCAGUAAUAGGAGGGUCACUCUACCUGUGGGCAGGGAACCAGCUUGAUUUACCUCUAGUACACGAUUCACUUCAAAAGAGGAAACUGACCUCAACAGUUGAGACAUUUUCCUUUUCAUCAGCUCGCUGGUCCUCUCACCUAACAAGAGGCACUCCUCCAUUAGGAGUCAUUGGCUACUCCUGUACCACCUUUCGUUCUAAUAUUUAUUAUUAUGCUGGCUAUUGUGGUCAUGAUCAGUGUUACCACAACAGUUUAAAUGUACUGAAUACACUGACCAUGAGCUGGACUCAAUUGCAUCCUAAUGAUGAGUCCAGGAUGAAGAAAGCCUAUGGUGGAAUGCUAUCACUGGAAUUUGAAGGAACUGACUAUCUUUUUAUGGUUGGAGGGAUAGGUACUACACCAGCUGUCAAACAUCCUCAGUUUCAAUAUGAUCAGCUUAAGGAUGGACGUGUUGUUGCUAAUGAACAGUUACUUUAUAAUCUAUCUAAUGCAUUGGGAGAGUAUUAAAAAA